GCCAUAUUAACCGCUCCAAUAACUUCCCUUCCCUCCUAAUUUCCCUCUGUCUCUCUCUUCUCAAACAGGUUAUGCGAUUAUCACUUUCCCUCUCUAGACCUCAGUAUCCAUUAACAAUGCCUUCCGGGUCAUCUACUCUUAUGUGGUUUCGUAAGGGCCUUCGGAUCCACGAUAACCCGGCUCUCGAGUAUGCUUCAAAAGGGUCCAAUUUUGUUUACCCAGUUUUUGUAAUUGAUCCGCAUUACAUGAAGCCUGAUCCGAACGCAUUCUCUCCCGGGUCCACUCGAGCUGGCCUCAAUCGCAUUAAGUUCUUGUUGGAAAGUCUUGCUGAUCUUGAUUUAAGCCUCAAGAAGCUUGGCUCGAAAUUGCUGGUCUUGAAGGGUGAGCCUAGCCAGGUUUUGAUUAGCUGCUUGAAGGAAUGGGACGUGAAAAGGGUUUGCUUUGAAUAUGAUACUGAUCCAUAUUACCAAGCUUUAGAUGUUAAAGUGAAGGACUUUGCUUCUUCUGUUGGAAUUGAAGUUUUCUCUCCAGUGAGUCAUACUCUUUUUAAUCCUGCAGAUAUCAUACAAAAGAAUGGAGGAAAACCACCGCUGACUUACCAAUCAUUUCUAAAAGUUGCUGGAGAACCGUCAUGGGCAUCAUCCCCUCUCUCAAUCUCGAUUUCCUCACUUCCCCCUGUUGGAGAUGUUGGGAGCUGUGAGAUUUCAGAAGUUCCAACUGUAGAAGAACUUGGUUAUGGAGAUGUUGAACAAGAUGAAUGGACUCCUUUUAGAGGUGGUGAGUCAGAAGCGCUGAAGAGUUUAAGAGAAUCAAUCAAGGACAAAGAAUGGAUAGCAAAUUUUGAGAAACCUAAGGGCGACCCAUCUGCAUUUGUAAAACCCGCAACCACGGUGCUAUCGCCAUAUUUGAAAUUCGGCUGUCUCUCUUCGAGAUACUUCUUCCAAUGUCUUCAAGAUGUUUAUCGAAAUGUGAAAAAGCACACAUCACCACCAGUUUCACUUGUUGGCCAGUUGUUGUGGCGAGACUUCUUUUACACUGUGGCUUUUGGCACUCCUAACUUUGAUCAGAUGAAGGAUAAUAGAAUAUGCAAGCAGAUACCUUGGAAUGAAGAUACUGAAUUGCUGGCUGCAUGGAGAGAUGCUAGAACAGGAUACCCUUGGAUAGAUGCUAUCAUGGUCCAGCUUCGCAAGUGGGGUUGGAUGCACCAUCUAGCGCGACAUUGUGUUGCAUGUUUUCUAACUCGUGGAGAUCUGUUCGUGCAUUGGGAAAAAGGGCGUGAUGUUUUUGAGCGGCUCUUGAUUGAUUCAGAUUGGGCAAUUAAUAAUGGAAAUUGGCUGUGGCUAUCAUGUUCAUCAUUCUUUUAUCAGUAUAAUCGUAUCUACUCGCCAAUAUCGUUUGGAAAGAAGUACGACCCAAAUGGUAAUUAUAUAAGGCAUUUUCUCCCUGUAUUGAAAGACAUGCCGAAGGAGUUUAUAUAUGAGCCUUGGACAGCUCCACUAAGUGUUCAAACAAAAGCAAAGUGCAUAAUUGGAAGAGAUUAUCCAAAACCAGUGGUUUCUCAUGAUUCUGCUAGCAAAGAGUGUAAGAGAAAGUUGGCAGAGGCUUACGCAUUGAACCAAAAAUUGAAUGGCCAGCUGACUGAAGAAGAUUUGGGAAAUUUAAAAAGAAAACUACAGCAAGAUCAAGAUCAAGAGCGCAAAAUUACUAGACAGAAACAAAAGAAAUAGAUUAUGUGAACUAAUAAAUGUUGUUUUAACUGCAAACCCUUUUGGCCGAAAAGCAGAUAUCCUGCAUAUUAUCAUUCUAAAUUUUUGGGAGCUGAAAUCUUCUCGUUCUUGACUCAUAAUUAACAAGAGGCAUAGGAGUUGUGGAGGAAUCAAUUGUAGGUAACACACCUAGAGAAGUAGAGCGUAACGGUUUUGAGUGUUCCAGCAAAGUAAGCUUCCCGGGGAUGACACUUGUGUUCUCACCCUCACUGGCCUUCUAACUUUGAUCAUACUGACCAUUAUUUUGUGUGCAAAUGCUUAAUUUGUGGUUGUUAGUAAUCCUGUAGAAUGGCAUUCAGUGAGUUUGUUCAUUAAUUAGGUCAACAAGAUUGUUGUUUACAUAAUUAUUUAUAAUUAAUGCCUAAUCUUUUAUAGCAAAUGCAGUAAACUCUCCUGGGCUUAUAUGUA